GAAAGUAUUGGCGGCCGACGGCGCGAGAGUUUGCUCCGAAGGAUCAGUAUCCGAGUUCAGGGCGAACUGUCACAACUGGUCGAGGGAAUGCCGUUCUGCAGUAAAGUCUAGUGGAGAAAAUCUGUAUAUUUCUUUUCGUUUUUCAUAUCUACUGUAACAGUGUCACAAGUUUUCAGACUUAAAGUCUUGAGGAAGUAUGGGCCUGUCGAGAUUCGAGAUCAUCCUGGAUAAUCCGUACGGAAUUUAUUACGCCGGUUGUCCAAUUUCCGGCAAUGUUUACAUAGACGUGGACUCGCCGAAAAAGGUUCGAGGGAUUGAAGUUAGGUACAAGGGCGAGGCCAAGGUGCGGUGGAAACCCGAGGGGGGGAACCAAAUACGCAAAGCAAACGAAACUUACAUGGACAUAAAGUGUAUUAUUUGCGGAGACGGCGAAAGAGAAUUUGAAAUACCCGAAGGAAGUCACGUGUUUCCAUUCACCUGGAUGCUACCGACAAAUAUUCCCGGCAGCUUCGAAAGCUUGUACGGGCGUGUUCGCUACACAGUCAAAGCAGUCAUUGAUCGGCCCUGGAAGUUUGACCACGUCCUUAAAGUUCCGUUCACCGUCGUACCGAUCCUUGAUCUUAACCGCGAACCACUUUCGUCGGAGCCGAUAAACGAGGAAAAUCACAAAACGUUUUGGGGUCACUCGGAGCCUCUCUAUAUGUCCGUUUCGCUUCCCGUUCGUGGCUACGUACCGGGACAAAAUAUACCAAUUAAAGCAAAGCUGAAUAAUAUGUCAGGCGUUGACGUUGAAAAGUUAAGAGUGGUGCUGAAAAAAUUAGUUACGUUUCAUGCGUUGGGAGAUUCCCGGACCCGAAAAGAAGUGAUAACGGAUUUCGAAGCGAACGUCGACGAGGGUCAAGAUUUGGUUCUGAUUAACCUAAAGUUACCCUCGCUUCCACCUUCCGGCCUGCAACAUUGUAAAAUCAUCGAAGUCGACUACAAGCUAAAGGUUGAGGCUAGGGUCGAAGGGUGGUAUAAUAAAAAUCUCAAGGUCAGAAUGGAUAUUAUAAUUGGUACUAUACCGCUCCUCACUUACCAAGUGCCACAGCACACUGUGUCGACAUCUGCUGUGGGUUUCGAGGGUGUAACUUCGCCUUUACCAUCCGCUCCAAAUCAGCCGGAGUCCCAACAAGAGACCUUUGUGUUUCCGACGGAAAUAGAGGAAUAUUCCUCGAGUUUACCGAAGUCCACCUUCGAAAAAUGCGAAAAUUACAAAGCAUCGAAACGUGAAAAGGACGAAUCACCGGGCGAGGAUACCGACGGAGAUAGUGACGAAGAAAUCGCUUCAUCAUUCGAUCCAAAAUACACUGUUUACGAGUUUGGACCAGUUACGCCAACAAACUAGCCAUAAACUGUAUUACUCAUACUUCUGUGUGUCAUAAUUCCACGAUACUUUGUGUAUCAUCCGCUACAAAUAAUCGCUUAUCGUGAUGACGCUAUUGUAUCCCAUGUGAUGUCCAUGCCAAAGAUCAUUUGUUUAAUUGUGAAAAUUGCUAGUUUGUUCGUUGAUAAGAGAAGAAAUCGUUUUCCUUUGAUAUAUUGUGUGGUUGUGUAAGCCGAAAACACUGAAUACGCGAAAAAAUGAACAGUAAAUUAUUCUCGUAAAACAUAUUAUUAUUAUUAUUAUUGUUGUUGUUGUUAUUAUUGUUAUUAUUAUUAUCAUAUAUUUCAUCACCACAUAACUGAUGCCGUAUAUGGCAUGCAUCGGUUGCCAGAUCACAAAUGUUCCGAGUGUAAUAUCGUAUGACAUGCGUAGAACAUGGAUAAACAUCAUGAAAGGGAUUCUUUUUUGGUAAUCCACCAACACAGAUGCUUAUCAACGGAAUGCUUAUUGUAAUUCCUAUCUCGUUAAAUUCAGCUUACCGAAACCAGCAGUGUUCGUGUACCAGACUUCAAUCGUUGUUGUAUUCUGUACAGACCAAGCUUUAAACUGAUGAUGAGUGACCAUAAAUGAAUCCAAAUUAUUCGCUAAAAUAGCAACAAUUAAGUACUUGUAUGAAUCUUAAUAAAUAUGUUACACAAAA